AUGUCGUCCAACAGCUACAGUCACUCACGCAAGAUGGUGCAAGUGGAUGCUAUUCUGGAGCCUGUGGCCGAUGCGGUCUCGCAGCUCAUUGUGUUCUCGGCCGACUGUGAGGAGCAGGGCAUUCCCAUGCCUGACCUGACCGAGCUUUCGGGCAUGGUUCUCGGAGCAACGACGCCGCUGGUGCAGGUGGCCAUGGAGAUGGCGCAGUCUUCACGGGAUGCCAAGCUGAAGGAUGCGCUUCCGCAGGCGGCAUCUUCGGUCCAGGGCGCGGCGCAGCGGCUCGACGGCUUCUGCCAGCAGCUUCUGGCCACGCCCAACGACUCGGGCGCCCGCGACGGCAUGGUCGCCUCGUGCAAGGUCAUCCUCGAUGGCAUGCGUGAGCUGCUGGAGGCGACCAACGACUCGGAGGUCCGCCGCAUCCUCAAGGCCUGCCAGGAGUCGGCCAAGUUCACCAAGAUGGUGACCCAGACGGCGGUCGAGUCGGACUUUCUCUCUGUCGCCCAGCAUUUUUCCACCGCCUCCACCACCCUUGUCCGCCUCACCAACGCCCGCCUGGAGGAGCUCUCCCAUCCCGAGCUCGUCACCCGGCUCUCUGCCGCCGUCGAGCUUGUUCGCACCAACGCCCCGCUCGUCAUCUCCUCCCACAAGUCGGUCCUGCAGACCUCGGGCGCCGCGGCCAUCAAGACCCGCGAGUUUGUCGUCUCGGACAUGGCCGCCGCCAUCCAGGAGAUCGCCACUGUUGUUCAGAUCCGCAUGUCCUCGAUCUCUACGGUCUCAGCCCAAGACGCCCGCAUGCUCAACCUCGCCUCCAUCCAGUCGAACCUGCGGACCUGCCUCGCUGCCGCCCUCGCCGGUGACGCCGCCGCCCUCGCCGCCGCGCAGGCCCAGCUCGACGCCGACUUUUCCGAGCUCAUCGCCCGCGCCCGCGCCGCCGCUGCCGCCUGUACCGACCAGGCCCUCAAGACCGAGCUUCUCACGCUCGCCAAGGAGGUCGAGGCCGCGCUGACGCGGACCAAGGCUGCGCAAAACGCACUCUGCGCCGACCCGGACUCGUCGGCCAAGCUUGCCGCCGCUCGCUCGGCCCAAGCUGAGCUCGAGCGCCUCGCCGCUGCCCUCACUGGUGUGGUCAAGGACGCGCUGCUGCUGCAGGCCAAGUCGGCCCUCGGCGCCAUGCCGACCGAGCUGACCUCGGUGUUCAAGGCUGCGCAGGCGGCCGACGCUGCAGGCUUCCGUUCGGCCUCGAUGUCCAUGGGUGGCCAGUCGAAGCUCAUGCUCACCGGCGCCCGCCAGUGGUCCGACUACGUCGAAGCGCAGUCGAUCGUCACUGGCAUCACCGCCGUCACCCGCAUCCUUGAGCGCAACCUUCCACAGGUUGUCACUGCGGCGUCGACCAUUCUGCAGGAGCCAAGCAACGGGCCAGCCAAGGAGCACCUCGCGGCACUCACCAAGGGCUACCAGAGCCAGCUCGUCGAGCUCGAAAAGUACCUUGUCGACGACGAGGCUCUCGACGCCCGUAUCCUCGCGCUCCUCGACCGCAUUGCCGGCCAGUUUACGGUCCUCUCCUCGAACGUCGCCGCCGGCUCGGCCACCCUCCAGGUGCUGGCCACCACUUCGCUCGUCACCAAGCACGAGACGCUCUUUGACCUCGCGGCGACGUACGCCAGCGGCGAGCUCGAGGCCGGCUCGCGCGAAGCAGGCGCCGUAAGCGACGCCAUCGCAAGUAUUCGCCCGCUCCUCGCCCCGCUCCAGUCGCAGGCGGGCACUGCUGCGGCAGCACCCAGCGACCAGGCCGCAGCCCGCGCGCUCGGCGCCACCAUCUCGGAGAUCAAGUUCCAGAACUACACCAUCGAGUGCGUCGUCCGCGGCCGGGACCUGCCCAACCAGGCGUCGGCAAUGGCGUCGGCGCGCGAGGCGGCGAUUGCCGCGAUGGGCGGCAUGCUUGCCGCGGCCGCGCUUGGCGAUGUGCCGGCCACCAUGGCGCUGCUCCGCCAGGGCGACGAGGCGUACCGCCGCCAGAUCGCACUCGCUCGCGAAGCUGCCUCAGGCAUGGACUCGCUCCUUCAGCGCAAGGCCGUUCUCGAGGCUUGCGACGCGCUCGAGGCCGAUCUCGAGGUGCUGGCGCCGGCCGCGGCUGCCGCGGCUGCCGCACCCGGCGACGCCGCCGCCCAGACUGAGCUCGCCCGCGCCGUCGAGGCCUGCGAGGCCGACUCGGCCGCCAUCGAGCACCACCUCAACAACAAGCCGACCGAGAAGGAGGAGGUUGCCGAGCUGCUGGACGUCGCGCCGCGGACGCUCGACGCCAUGGAGGCCGCAGUCCGCCGCGGCGACGCCGCCGAAGCCCAGGUCGCCGCCAGCGACGCCGCCGCCCAGUACCAGCGCAUUGGCGAGCUUGCACAGUCGAUCGACGUCGACGACCCGAGCAAGGCGGCGCGAGCGCAGGUGGCAGCCCAGAACAUCGCGACCGCGUCGCAAGGGCUCGAGGCGGCGGCGGUGGCCGCGGCGAGCGAGCCGGCCAACACGGCGACCCAGGACACGCUCGGGGCGCUGACCCAGGCGCUGCGGUACAACGCAGGCGUUGUCGACGCGGCGCUCAAGCGCGAGCUGCAGCCAGAGCAGGAGAUGGCCGAGCUGCGGACCGCGGUCGAGGCCACCUACCAGGCAAUGCAGGCGUCGGCCGAGGCUGGCCAGCCUGCGACUACCGCCGAGUAUGCCAAACAGAUCCAGGAUCUCAACACCCGCUACGCCGAGCUUGGGCGCCAGGUUGCCGAGUCCAAGCUCGGGAGCAACCCGGCGGCGCACGAGGCGGCGUGUGCGGCGUGCACCGACCUCACUGCCGAGACGUCCAACGCCGGCCCGGCGUCGGCGGCGGCGGCGGCCGACCCCAGCGACGCAGCCAAGCGCGACGAGCUGGCGACAGUUGUUGUGGCCAUGCGCGAUGCGCAGGACCGCAUCGAGCGUGCGCUGGCCAUGCCGGCGCCACAGUCUGCCGAAGCCGCGUUCUCGGCCCACCAGGUGCGCGGCGCCAACGCGCUCGACCUCAUGGUCGAGGCCGCCAAGGAGCACCAGCCCAAGGUUGCGGCUCAGUACGCCAAGCAGGCCAAGCGCGAGUACGGCGGGGUGCUGGAGAACGCGCGGACGCGGGCAGCUGGGGCCGACGCAGUCUCCAAGUCUGUGGCCGAGGCCAACAUUGGCGAGGUUGAAGCGGCGCUGGCGAGCCUCGACGAGGCGCAUGCGGCGUAUCAGGCGGCGCCGGACGACGCGGGUGCGGUGGCGGCGCUCGAAGCCGCAGCUGACCAGGUCAAGGCGAGCACCGCGACGCUCGAGGCGACGCUCAACGGCGAGAUGAACCCGCAGCAGGAGUACGCCAACACGGUGAUUCACGCCGAGGCCACCAUGGAGCAGCUGGCGCGGGCGGUCAAGGCCGGCGACGUGGCCAAGGCUGACGCGCUGGCGGCAGUUGCCGAGGAGCAGAACCGCCGGCUGGCAACGCUGGCCCAGGCGCUGGCGCAGGAGCAGGACCCGCAGCAGGCGGCGAUUGUGAACGCGGCAUGCGGGCGGCUCAACGAGCAGCUCGACUCGAUGGCGACGGUGGUGACUGCUGCGGCAUCGGAUCCCAACAACAUCCACGCCAUGGACGCGUUCGAGGCCAUGGUGGCGUCGAUUGCGGCGGAGAAGGAGAAGAUAUCCAGCGUGCUCGGCGACGACGGAACCGGCGCAGUGGCGGCGGCAGCAGCUGGCGGUGCGGUCAUGACCGCGGCGUACCUGGCAACGUCAGGCGACAACUCGCCCGAGGCCGUGGCGGCGCGGGCAGCCCUCAUCGAGACGCUCAUGGGCGAGACCGACGCGCUGCUCGACGACAUCAAGGCGGCGGCGACAGCCGGCAAGGUCCAGCUGACCAAGGUGCUCACGGCGCAGGGCGAGGAGAAGUAUGACAGCCUCGCGGCGCUGGUCGAGGCCCAGGCUGGCGCGCUGGACGAUCCGCUGGCGGCGUCAAUUGUGGCGGCCAAGGCCGCGCACAUCCGCCCGCAGAUGGCGGCGGUGACGGCGGCAGCCAACGCAACCGCAGCCGAUCCAGAGUCGGCCGACAAGGCCGAGACGUUGGACACGUCCAUUCGCGAGCUGCAGGGCACGGUGGCGUCGAUCGACGACGGGCUCAAGGGAAAGCUCGACGCGCAGGAGAUUGUGGCCACGCUUGUCAGCUCAGGCGCGACCAACCUCGAUGCGCUCGAGACAGCGGCGGGUGCCGGCGACUCACAGCAGGCGCUUGCGCGGCGCAAGCAGGCCGAAAAGGACUACGGGCAGCUGCUCGAGGCUGCCGCUAGCCUGGAGUCGAGCCUCGCAUCGCAGGACGCCAAGGACGACUACAACGACGCGCUGGAGACGAUCAAGGAGCAGCUGGGCGAGCUCAAGCUGGUGGCGUCGCGAGCAGCGGCAGCGCCCGGUGACGAGGACGCGCAGGACGAGCUGGCGGACGCGACUCACCUCAUCAAGCACAACGCCAACAACGUGGCGCGGAUUCUGCGCGGACAGGAGCCGCUGCCGGACCCGCUUGCGCCCGAGGAGGAGGAGGAGGAGCUCUCGCAGGACCCGCUGAUGGCGGCGGCACAGCAGGUUUCGCGGUCGGCCAACAAGUGGGAUGCGUCCGAGAACGAGAUGGUGGCACUCGCGCAGCAGAUCGGCGACCUCAUGGCCGCCAUGGCCGAGGCGCAGAAGGCUGGCGACAAGAAGGGCCUCAUCGAGGCUGCGCGCGCCAUCAACAAGCUCUGCGCCAAGAUCCACACCAUGGCCGCCGAGGUCCACAAGACGUGCGGCGACCCGCGGCUCAAGCGCGACCUCGAAGUUGUCAUGGAGAUGCUGCCCACCAUCGGCGUGCAGCUCAAGAUCAUGUCGACUGUCCAGGCCUCGGCCCUCGCCGGCGACCGCCCGGACCCCGAGGCGCUGCACUCGCUCAUUGUCUGCGCGCAGAACCUCUCCAACGCCGUCUCUCAGUGCAUCUCGGCCUCGCAGUCGGCGUCGAUCAAGUCGAUGAAGACCGCCGUCACCGUGGUGGCCGCCGCCCUUAAGUGGAAGAAGCUCCGCAAGAAGAAGCGCUAGGCAGAGUAAAGGUGGUGUUUAUGGUCGA